UGUAGCCUGCCAUAGUUUCACCUCUUCAUCAUAUUUCGGGACAUUUUACUGGCUCUUCGAGGAAGAAAGCCGUGAAUUUUUCGACCAACCACAGCCCAAAUCAUCAUCUGGCACCAAGAUUCGGCCAAUGAUAAAAGAUGGAAACAACUGACCAAGGAGAUGGACAAGUUCUAAGUAUGCCCAGUGAUCAAUUUCUCACUGGAGGCUUAUAUGGACAAACUUCGGCUGAUGACAGCUUGCCAGUAGGAGGAGAGGACGAAGGACCAAUAGAAGAGAAAGGAGCUGCAUCACCUCUUCGAGAACAGGACAGGUUUCUGCCCAUUGCCAACGUUGCUCGUAUCAUGAAAGAUGGCAUCCCAAAGUCAGGGAAGAUUUCAAAGGAAGCUAAAGAAUGUGUUCAAGAAUGUGUAUCAGAGUUCAUCAGCUUUAUUACAAGCGAAGCCAGUGAAAGAUGUCAUCAAGAAAAGAGAAAAACAAUCAAUGGGGAAGAUAUCCUAUAUGCCAUGUCGAAUCUGGGAUUUGAUAAUUAUGUGGAGCCUCUGAAAUCUUACCUUCAAAAAUACAGAGAGUCAAUGAAAGGAGACAAAGUUAUCCCACAGUCAAGGCAGGAUGAGCUAGGUGAUAUGGGUGCAGAUACAUUUGCAACAGAAUUGAUGGUUGGAGACCAGGCUGGAACACCAGCCUACCAGCAAUAUCCUUCUCAAGUACAAAUACCGAUGACUUUUACGUGAUCCUUGUUUGGUGGUGUGCUGCCAAUUUGAUCAUCACAAGUCAGACCAACACCUUGAAUGCAGUUAGCUGUCAGAUCUACAUCCUGAAGGGCAUCUUUAUGCACAGGAGUCAUACCCAGAUUUU